CCUAGCAGAGCUUUCUUUUUAUACAACGUCAUGUGAAUUUUGAUAGCAGUCCUCUAUCAACCCGCCAACACAAUCCAUUUACAUUAAGACGACAUACAGUCGAUAAGCCCCUAGCACAUUGAACCCUUGCAUAUUUCCGAACAGUCAUCAGCUGCGACACCUCAAACAAACUUCGAACAUGCCCACACAACCCCCACUACCACCCCUCCUCACACCUUAUGUAUCAUCUCUCCCACAAUCCUCCCUCACUCUCCUCUCCUCAGUCCUCGGCGCAACAGGGAAUUGGCUGGUCCUAAGGUACCUCUACGCCGCGCUCAGCGCAUCCUCUGCAAAUACCACGUUUGGUGCAGACGGCGUCGAUAAUGGCAAGAAGCGCAAGGUCGUGCUCGUGAGUUUCUUGCGGAGUUGGGAGUUUUGGAGGUCCGAGGCCAAGAGAUUGGGUCUGGAUCUUGCGCGACUCGCAGACAAGGGCCAAUUCGCGUUCGUGGAUGGAUUAUCGGAGCUUUUUUACACCCCGCAGGCGCAAACAGCGGCUCCGGUAGCACCAUCCGCGCCAGCACCAUUCGCGCCAGCACCAUUCGCGCCAGCAGGUCGUACUAUUCCUCCCCGGACGGCACUGCCUGUUCGUGGACCGCCUGGAGCCACUGCGCCUGCGCCUACUCCUGCAGCUCCUCCGGGUGGUGGUCUGAACAGAGCCGCAACGGAAGCCGGACCUGGACCUGGACCUGCAAAGCGACUGCACCUGACAGGCCACGGGACCGCAGCACUCGACGCAUUGGAGAAGGAUAUCUCGGACGUCGUCAGCCAACUGAAGACUACGGUGGGAGGGGACGAUGGAGAGGAAGCGGAGGUGUUGUUGAUCGUCGACCAACCCGACUUGCUACUUGCUGCUACAGGCCCAAGCAAAGGGAUAGGAGCUACGGAAAUGGGCGAGUGGGUCAUGGGACUACAACAGCAUUCGCACGCGACGAUCGUGGCUGUUUCUGCCGAUUCGCCGCUGAUACAUAAUGCAUCCGAAUUCGCCCAUCACCCAGCAACUCCGCUGGAGAAGGAGCAUGCCGCGUUCGCUGUGGGAUUGGCGCAUAGGGCUCAGAUGGUCGUGCAGCUUCGGAACUUGGAAACGGGUGCCGCUCGGGAUGUUAGUGGUGUGCUGAGGGCAAGCAAGGGUGGCGCUUGGAGUGACGAUGGCAGCACCGACGCUGAGACCAAGUGGGAGGAGAAGGAAGUGUUGUACUUCAUCCAACGGGACGGGAGUGUGAAUGUCUUCGGAAGGGGCGAAUAGAAUAGGGAUUCGUAUAGACGUAGAUAGAGCUCAAGUAUAAACCUGUUCAUGAGUAUUUGUGUUGAUGGAACGGGACCUGUUUUGAAUCCAGACAGAUCACAUUGGAAGCAUAUCUCAACCUAGUAUCUGCCACGACCAGGGAUAUCCGCCAGCGUAAACUAAAAAGGAAAAUCAUGAAAAGCUUCCCCUUAUUUUUAUGUCACCCAAAAGAAAAAAGAAAAAAGAGAAACCCAUAAAAUUUUCUUUGUCAUCCCUUUUGUCGUCGAAUUUUGUGACUUGGAAGAAGAAAUGCUAUGGCGGCAAAAAGAGAAGACCGUCGCAACACCAACUCCACUGGAAAAAAGCGUUCAUUUUCAUUUCGCCCUUGCAUUGAAACCAGCUACUUCAUAUGCUAGGCCAUAAUCAUACCAGUUCCCUCCAGCCUC